GGUGGCUUCAUUGAAAAGAUCAGAAAUUGGAAGCAACGUACUCCGUAUGUAUAGCAUAAUCUCUAAGACCCAAUCGGCCGUGCUUGGUGCAGAUGCCAUCGCCUCUGCAGAUCCAUCCCUGACAACAACGGUGGACGCACCUCAGAUUCUUGCCUCCUGCGUCCUCCGUCUGAACCUGUGACUUAGCCCACUGGACCGCUCCAAAGGCUGCGCCGUCUGGCAUUUUCACGGCUCACAAUCGCCGGCGAAUCUCUCAGAUGUCCAGCACCCAGUCCUCACCGGGCGCAUCGCAUGCUGCUCGAUCACGUCUGGUCCCACCCAACCCUCCUCGAGACUUCAGCCGCGUCCCCUCAAACCCCCGCGACAAACGACCGCCGCACCGAACAACCCUCGAACCACCGAUCGGCCAUCAUCACCAGCGUUCUUCCUCGCCUCGACUCCAUGCUACCAACUCUCCAUCACUCACGAGACGUCAAAGUCAACGAACCUCCUUGCCCGGCGAACCCGCAGGAUUAGUCGACCCUGGUGGUGCCUCCGACGCCGCCAACACCAACGCCGACGCUGCCGCCUCGCCACGACGUCACGCCUCUCCUCACCCACCACGCGUCUGGCCCAACGACGAAAUCUGGCUACCGCGUCUACCUGUACGGGACGAUCCUAUCGAUAGAGCCCUCGCUUCAUCUGGCUGGUCGCCCGACGCCUUGAAUCACCUCUUCACCAGUGACGCCAUACUCAGUGACCUCGCCAACAAUACUUUUUCCUCGCCCUCCACCUACCCAUCCUUCACGACCACGAACCAGCUCUCCCAGCCGCACAUCUCUACGGAGGACGCUACCAUCUCGCCACUGGUUCUUGCCGACAACAUGCCCGCCACCACUCGCCGGCGCAGCACGACUGCCAUGCCCGCCUCCUCUCCUCCCACCACAGCACGAGCGCUCCAUGUAGGGUCUCGUGACAGCGGCCCGCCCGCCAAGAAGAUGAGAAUAGGCAACGACGAAGACGAUCCGUUCAAGAGCCCAUCACCACUCUUCAGCGAGGAGCCCAUCGACCUGACCGAUCCCGCCAUCCCCCCCGAACAAGCCGCACGGAGGCCAAAGUCGCCGCCUAAUGUGAAACUCGCGAGCUUCCAAUGUGCCAUCUGCCUCGACAAUGUAGAGAACAUGACAGUCACACACUGCGGCCACAUCUUCUGCGCACAGUGUCUUCACUCUUCGCUCUGCGUCGAAUCCACAAAGGGCCGCUGUCCAAUGUGCCGCGCCAAGAUCGACAUCAAGCCGCGAGACGAAUACAGCAGCAAGACAAAAGGGUUCUAUCCCAUCGAACUAAAGCUGAUGACCAAGUCAAGAAAAGGCAAGCGCAAGGCCGGGGAUACAUCAUAAAAGAGCAGUAGUAAUUGGGCGUGGAAUGGGCAUGGGCGGCGUUUUGGGCACACUCAUCAUACUACAUGCAUUGCAAGCAAGCGUCACAAUCUUGUUUUCAGGUGUUGAUAGGGCUAUUCGGCGACCCAAGCGUUAGUCGCCUUGCAUUUACAAUGAAUACAUUCGCAAAUCCAAA